AUGACUCAAUCUUUCUUCGCUUGUGUUCUCCUCUUCGUUGGUGGCAUGGCCAACACUAUGCCAGCGUGUGAUACCAUCACAUCUGAGGAGAUGUGCAACACAACCUGCGGGGUCGGCGGGGGUGUGUACAUCAACGUCACCGCAUCCGGUGUGACAAGGAUCUUCUGCCACUCAUGGGCCACCGAUGAUUCUUGCUGUGACAUGUCGGCCUACACGACGACAACACAACCACGGGUGCCAUGCAGCACGAUUCUAUCUAGCCAGGACUGCGCGGACGCUUGUCCGAGCACCUCCACUGCCACUGGCGCGAGUUCGAACUCCCAGUACAGCACCGCGACCAACAACGGAGUCACCACCAUGACCUGCAUGCAAGAUGGAAACUCGUGCUGUGAAGACGAUUCUACAACAACCCGGCAAGGGGCAUCAGAUCUCUCGGCAUCAGCUGUCCCUGCAGCCUGUGUAACAACCCUCGCCCUGGCGAUGCUCAAAGCACUCAGUGCCUAA